CCAAGAGGAGGGACCGUGGAACCACAACAGAGCGCCUACACUAUCGCCUACACCACUGACAGCUUUGUGUUGUGCUCCUGAACCUCCUGUUUAUUUGUCAUUUAAAUUCUUUGUGACUACCACGUAGGGACAUGUCACGGAAACCGAAAGAAGAAUACCACCGGUUCUUUACCGUUACCGACCCACGCACCCACGAGAAAGGACACACGGAGUAUAAAGUGACAGCCAGGUUCGUAUCAAAGCGUCAUCCAGAAGAUGUUAAGGAGGUGGUUGUGUGGAGGAGGUUUUCUGAGUUGAAGAAGCUUCAUGGAGAGUUGUCCUACACGCACAGGAACCUGUUCAGAAGACAGGAGGAGUUUCCAGGUUUUCCCCGUGCACAAGUCUUUGGCAGGUUUGAUGAAGCUGUGAUUGAGGAGAGGAGGAAGGCCUCAGAGGCAAUGCUACUGUUUUCUACUACCAUACCUGCUCUGUACAAUAGCCCUCAGCUCAAGGAAUUCUUCAGGGGAGGUGAGGUCACACGGCCUUUAGAUCCCACUCCACUGUCUGCCUCUGGUCCACUGCCUCCUCCCCUCAUCCCCCUCCCCAAGCGGCGGGCCUCAGACUGUGAGCCUGCAGAGGAGGAGGAAGGCUGGGAAGCUCCCACCUUACCCCAGGACCUGGGCACCAACCUGGGCUUAGAAAUGGGUGAACCGGAGGUGGCAGCUGAGGCCUACAGCGAGGUGGGAGGCUCUCCAGUGGAGAAAGAAGGGGAUGAGUUUAGUGAUACAGAACAGGACGACAUAGGUUCAUGUCCAUCUCCAGUCAGAGUCCAACCAUCACAAGAAUCUCAGGAAGAGUUUGAUUCACUGUUCGACUGUGUGGCAGAAGAGAGCAUUCCCUCCCUGAAGGAGGACGGUCCACCUCCGCUGUCUGAUAAUGACUUGGCUGUUUUUGAUCCAUGCUAUAAAAAAGAGAGGUCCAACUCCUCCAGCGACCACAGUGAACUGUUCUCACUGCCGACAGUUGGUAUAGACGGAGGAGAUGCUGGUUACUUGGACCAAGCCACUGCUGAACUUAAAGCUGCAAUGGAGAAGGAGAAGGAGGGAGAAUUUAGUUUGGCUAUUGCCAGAUACAGGACAGCGGUGGAUCUGCUGAUUACAGGAGUACAAGGAGAUCCAGAUCCAAUUCGCAGGGAAUCUGUGAUGAGAAGGACAGCCCAGUACCUGAAACAUGCUGAGAUGUUGGUGGACAAGCACUCAUCACCCUCACACACUCAUACGCCUACGAACACAAAUACACAGGACCCGUAGAUGUACAGAUUCAGCGUUUAUACACAAAGAGACACACGAAGAGCAUCUCAGGGUCGGUGGCAAGCACACACAUACUCAGAUUUAACAUUCUGAUCCUUACACUGACACGGCAACUGACAGAUAGUGACAAUAAAUGCUUGUUGGGACCUAAGCACCUGUAGAACACAUGCUACACGGAUCCACACUACACUCCAGACUGUUAUUAUAGCUGCCUUUGUAAGUCAGUGAUUUUUUUAUUUAGCGAGGCCAAAAUAUUAAAAACUGAAGUUGACUGUAUUAACAUGUAAAUUAUCCUGAUUUUCUGUCUCUCUCUCUUUCUCUGCCUUUUAAUUCCUCACUUUACAAAGUCCUGUUGAAUAAUUAUAUAUGUAUAUCAGUGAUUUUUGCAAUUUGCACAAAGCUUUUGUUAAUAAAUGUGAUUUAACUUAA